AUGCCAGAAAGUGGUAAUAUGUUUGUUGCUGAAUCGAGUAGUAAUGGUCCCGUGGUCACUUCAGAAUUUUUUAUGGGCAUUAAGUUGAACUGGCAUCCGUCGGUGAUUGGUUCGACACCAAAAAUUUGUUUCGAUCAUUUAAAAAAGUCUAUUCUUUUCACUACAUUCAGACCUGAUUUGGCGCAAAUGGCUGCAAAAAUAGAUUCAUUGAGAAAGUGGACUGUUUCGACUUACAAAACGACGAAACAAUCUAUAUGUGAAAAUUUAGGAAAGGUUGAGCGUACAGUCGACAAGGAAUUGGAAGAACAGAUCGAGCAACUGAAAAUAUUGCACAAGCAUUACAAUCAGGUGUUAGCUAUGUCAAAAUUGUUCACUUCAAAUUUUCAUCAGAUGAACGAAGCACAGAAGGGUUUAGCGGAAUCUCUUUAUCAACUCUCACUGAAAGAAAUGAGCUUGAGUGCAGAGUGUUCCUCAAAUUGUGAUUCAUUGCGUUCGGUGACACAUAACGGUGAACUUCUAGAGCGAGCUCUGUCGUUUUUUCUUUCAUCAAUCAAGACAUUAUCCGAGAAAACAUUUGAAGACACAAUGGAGACAAUUCAUAAUUAUGAACAGGCUCGCUUGGAAUAUGACGUUCAUCGGAAUGAAACAGCAGCGCUACAACAGUCAAGUGCAAGUCCUGAGGCAAUUGCAGACGCCGAUUUUAAAUGCAAUCAGCAUCGAGGAAAAUACGAACAAUUAAAAACUGACGUCAAGGUAAAACUGAGACUACUGGAAGAGAACCGAUGGAAAGUAAUGCGUAAACAGUUGUUGCUUCUUCAUAAUGCUUUGAUAGCAUAUUUCUCAGGCAAUGCGAAGGCUUUACUGUCAUCAAUGAAAAGCUUAAAUUUGGGCGAGACGGCAAAUAACAGUGUUGCUCCGUCGUUUCUCGAGCAGUAA